AUGAACAACAUUACAAUUUAUAGCAACAACUACAAUCAUAGAUAAUAAAUAUUUUAAUUCAAACUAAAAAUAUAAUUUAAAAUAUUUAUUUGCAUACAUACUGUCUUAGAUAAAUUAAUAAUUUAUUUGCUAAGUUUACUUCAAAAAUGA